AUGCAUUGUCGCCUUAUAUCGCUGUGGGACUGUGUCGUCAUGAACCCACCUGUUCACGCUACACCUAUGAGUCUAUCGAUAAGUAUGGCACUACCAGAGGAGUCUGGCUGGGCAUUAAGCGCCUCAUUCGCUGCAGGCCGGGCGGGAGCAGCGGCUUUGACCCCGUGCCAUAGUAUGAGUUCAAGAGAAAACUAUAUGAGCAAAAAAUGGAUACUCCUUGUGCUGCCGAUAUUGCUGGUUGGUAUCAUCGGCUGCGCCGGGCGGGUUGCAACGCCGGAAGGCUGGUCGGGUGGCGCGGCUGAAGGCGACGUGCUGUACAUCGGCACCCGCAAGGGCGAUAUUCGCGCACUGGACAUUCAAAGCGGCGAAGUUCAGAAGAGUUUUAGUUUAGUUUCUACUCAAAAGCAGGCCAGUCUUUUCGGCACAAGAGAUGCAGAAGUGGCCAGCAGCGUUUACGGAACACCCCUGCUGCACGACGACACCCUAUAUUUCGGCACCUAUCAUGGUGUGCUGUACGCCCUUUCUACGCCGGAUUUAGACACAAAAUGGGCAGAACCCAUAGGCUCGCCUAUCGUUGGCGGUCCCACCUUGGCGGGCGAUGUCGUGUUGGUGGGCGCGGACAACGGCAAGGUGUACGCGUUUGACCAGGAAGCGGACGAACAGCAACGCUGGACUGCCUCGGAACGGUGGACUUUCCAAACUGGCAACAAGGUCUGGUCUUCGCCAAUUGCCGCCGACGGUGUCGUAUAUGCGACUUCGCUGGAUAAGAAUCUGUACGCCAUCAGCCUCGAGGACGGCAGCAAGCUCUGGCAGUUCGCCACGAACGGCGCUAUAGCGUCCUCGCCUGUGUACGAUGACGGCACAGUGUACUUCGGCUCUUUCGAUAAAGUCUUUUACGCUGUGAAUGCCUCCGAUGGCACUCUACGGUGGAAAUUCGAUGGCGCCGACAGUUGGUACUGGGGCACGCCUUUGGUACAUGGCAAUGAUGUGUACGCGCCCUCGCUCGACGGCAAACUCUACGCGUUGGACAAGCGCAACGGAAAUCUGCAAUGGUCUCUAACGACCGAAGGUCCCAUUGUCGGAUCUCCGGCCGUUAUAUUUGAUAUGAUAGCGGUAGGUUCGGACGACGGUAAAUUGCACAUCGCACGGAUUAGCGACGGCAAUCCUGUUGACUUCUGCAACAUGCGGACCGAAAUACGUUCAUCACUCGCCGUACAAGAUGACACCGUGUUUCUGAGCGCCAAGGAUAAGUCCAUACGCGCCCUGAGGAUAAAGACUAACGGCAACCCCGAUGAAGAAUGGGUACACCAACCCGACGAAGAUGACCCAAUAGACAGGGGCCGGAUAGAAGACUGCUAA